GAAGAAUUUAAAGAUUUGGAUCGCAAUUUUAAAUGCUUUCUUAAUGGAUGUCUCGUGUGUAAAAAUAACAAAAAUCUCAGUUCCAUCAACUUACGUUAUUGACUACAACUACUGUCGUCCACUCAUUCUUGAUUGUGAUUAUGAAUUUCGAUUGUCAGAUGUUGGAUUUGUGCUAAAAUGGUAUCAUAACUCUCAUUUGAUUUAUCAAUGGAUACCACCAAGAAAACCUUACAUUUUCAGUUCCUUUAAAUAUCACAUCAAUACAUCAUUCAUAUCCAAUAAUGAUGACUUAAAGUAUAGAUAUCGAGGCAUUCAAUUAAAGCCACAUUAUAAUCUUACAGGAGAUUGGAUGUGCAGCGUUCAAACUUAUAGCACCCGUGAUAGGCAAAUUAAGAGAAUGCAAGUGAUUGUGCCUGAAAAGAGCUUUGAACUUUACCACCACGACUUGAACUUCUUUAUGAUUGAAUCGCAAAUAUUCAUUGUCAUUUGCACAGUUAAAACAAUUUAUCCAGAACCUGAUCUUAAUAUUGUAAUCAACAACAAUUUUAGCGUAAUUUCCGAAGAAAGAAGUGAAUGCGAUGAAAAUGGAUUCUUUAAUAAAUCAAUUAUGGCCAGAAUUGAUAAAAAUUUCAUUCCAUCGCCAUCCUCAAUCAAUUGCAUCCUUGAAAUCAACGGAACUGACUAUAUUAAAAAGAAGAGAUUUAUUUAUUAUGAUUAUAAAUACGAUAAAAAUCAUCCUGAUGUCAGGAAGGCUUAUUCAUCAAGACAUUCAUUAAACGGUAGCAAUAAGAUUUAUUAUAGGGAGACUGAAUUAAUUGCACUGUUUAUAUUCAAUGUGCUUAUGAUGUUUGUAAGUUGUGUAGAGUUGUAAGAGAAUCUUGAUGUUCUGUUCAAAAAACCCAGCAUUUAUAACAAGUUAAGCCACCCAUUACAAUUAUUUAAAGGCAUUGUCCGGAUUAGAAUAUUUUGUGUUCAUACCAGUUCAUACUCCCGAGUGGACAAAGUACUAGUUAAAAGCUUGCCAUUGACUUGCCUUUUCACGGCGAGUAAGUAUCCAUUGACGUGCCUUUGCAACUAGACUUAGGGACGACUAAUGACAUAUUUUGCGCUUUCCAUUUAACUGGACAUAGGAAUCGCACAUAUGUCAAGUUUAUGUCCAGUUACAAAAAAAUCGAAACAAAAUAAAUAACACGUGUCUUUUUCUCCAUUUUUUUUCUUUUGUAAAAUUUUAUUAUUGUAUUAGUGUAAUUA